UCUUGUGCAGAAUCAAUGGCAUCACAGUCAGCUUCUCUUCAUGCUUUAUGUCCUAUUUCCUUCCUCAGUUCCUGGCUGCCCCAGGCAGUUGCAUCCCGAGGGAGUCACUGGCAGAGUUCGGUGCUGGCAUUCAGGGCAUCUCUCCCCAUGAGAGCGCAACCAAAGAAGAAGAAGAAGGUAGAUGUGAAGAGAGAGCAAGCACAGAAGGAUCGUAUGAAAAAGAGGAUUAAAAAGUUGGAAAAAACUGCCCCCGAAUUGAUUCCAAUUGAGGAUUUUAUAACACCAGUGAAGUACUCAGAUAGCAACAGGGUGCGAAGUCUUCCUGACCUGUCACCUGAGGAGACUGAAAGAAGAGUUUUACUUCUGAAAAAGUGGUGUUUGUUUAAGCAGAAACAAGAUAAUGCAGAAAAGAAAGCAAUUCGGAGCAUGGUAGAAGCUCAGCAAGAGGCACUAAAGGAACUGCGCCUUGAGUCGGAGGAGUUGUAUCAAGCAGCAAUCAGGCGAGAUAAGGGGCUUUUCCCCUUUGAGAGAGAUGGACCCAGUUACACCCCACCGCUCCCUGGCUAUGAUCCUCCUGAAGGAAAAUGCAUUGAUAUCACCAAAGUGUAUACACAGUGAUGGAGGAGUUUGUAGCUCAUCUGGCAUGAGCUACUCAGCUGAUGCAGGAGGAAAGAAUGGAGUAAGGAUGAACUACUCCUGUAGGUUAAAAUACUGUAGGUGUGAGACUGCAAAAAAUACGUAUUAAUGAAG